CCGGCCCUCGUUCGAAGCACCACCCCAUACCUCCAGCUUCGACUAGCAUUUACGUUCUCAGAUGCUACCUACACCUAUGCACCCUUCAAUGAUGCCCUCACCCUCAUUGUCCGCGAGUGGCGUGAUGCCGUCGCCCGUCCUCGGCAACAGAGCAAUUUACGAUGGAUCUCUUCCCUACAGACGCAGUCCCAGCGUGGAUUUCGAAAUCGAGCAUGUUUCUAAUUCACCGGGAAAGUCAUCGAGGCCAUCUCUACGACGGGGACGGUCGGAUUAUACGAGCGAGGCCAUGCUUCAGACCAGCGUCACCAGGAUCGUUGGGUCGAAGACUUUCGCCGUUUCCGGAAAGAUUCCCGUCGAUCCUGCAACUCUUACUCUCUUCUUCCGUACCAAGAGUGGCAUAACCCAUUCCCUCGAUUUCCCGAUAGAUGUGGAUUACGAUACCCCUCCGGCGCUGGACGUCCUCAUAGCUGCAUGUCGGCCUCACGAGCUCCCCGAAGGCGAAUUCUCCGACUGUGAAUCUCUCUUCUAUCCCCCGAAUCUCCCUCUCACCACCUCUCUCGAAAUCGCCAAUCAUCCUAUCCUUGAAGCUGUGCGGAGUACACUCUUCCCUUCUCUUCCCGGUGGGCACUACAUCACCGCUGUACGAGACCGCCUCGAGAUUGUCGCCACAGGCGCUCACAUGCUUGCGCAACCUGCUCCGACCGAUCAACGCGUCGCAACUCUCAUCGUUACCCUUCCCGUACGAUUCCGUGGUGGUGAGCUCGUAGUACGAAGCUUCGAAGGCGAAGAGCAAAGACAUGGUGGGCGUGGUGGGAAGAAUGGCCAUCUGGAAUGGACGGCGUUCCAGGCAGAUUGUGAGUACGAGAUCGCAGAUGUUCAGAAGGGCUGCAGGGUCACGAUAUCGUAUGCUCUCCAUGCGAGGUCGUUUGGACCUGCCGGUAUGGUCCCCGACCCCUUGAUCGGCCCCAGUGAUUUUCUCCUCGAUCAGCUUGCACCGAUCUUCAACAUUACUCGCGGGCGCAUGAUCGCUUUCUAUCUAACGGGAGACUACCAAGUUAACCCCGCCGAGGUACUUGCAGAGUCGUUGGUACCAUAUUUGAAGGGCGGAGAUUCUCUUCUUUAUCAUGCCGUCAAGCUUUACAAACUGGCUCCGGAGCUUCGUUGGACUGCCGGCGGAUACAUUUGGCCUGUCGACCGUACUGUUGAGUGUGGUCCAGAGCUCGAAGGAAGCCCGUACAGCGGUGGAAGUGGUGGGCGUCGUUCUACACGCUCUCGGGCCGCUGCUACUCGGUCGGUCUACGGCGGCUACGGCGAUGAAGUGGAGGGAGCGGAGGAGGAGAUUAUCAAUUUGCGCCACCGGGUGGAGGAUAGCGGUGCGAUUCCGUUGAUUGAAGCUGAUAUAGCUGUCUUGACGGACAAGACGGCAAUGGUGGGUACAAUUUCGAAGGAGAGGGUUCCCAUUGUGGUGCACGGCGCUUUGGACAUGCUGGUUGUGAACAUUUUGAUGGUCGUCUAUGUUCCUUGAAACGUAUGUUUACUCAUUUUCCUCCUUUUCGUGUCGUCGCGAUUACUGUCGUUGUACUCUCUUCCGACUUUGUAGUAGGUUUCCUCUGGCCUGGUGUUUGUGCACUGUACUAACUUUUAGCAUUGGGUGUGAUACGGGGACUUGUUGUACUAUAGCAUCUGUACGGUUUAUAUUGUCUUGAAUUCCAACGCAGUUUGUCGAUAUC